AUGAAUAAAAAGUCGUCAAAAACCGAUGAAACACAAUGUAGUGGUGAAAAUUGGAUGAGUAAUCUGCCUCAGGAAGUUAUUGAGAAACCUCUUGUUUGUGUUGCUAUACCAGGAUCACACGAUUCGUUUACACAACCACUAUUUGAUAAAUAUCCCGUAGCAAAUGACGAAGGUCGAUUUAUCCGAGAAAUUGGCCGAUUCCGGAUGGUUCGACGCUUCAUCCGACGGUGGGCCACAACACAACGAUAUUCAGUGGUUAAGCAACUUCAUGCCGGUGUACGGUACUUUGAUAUUAGACUCACAAUACCGUCACGUGCCAAAUUAGAUGGGGUACAUGUUCUGCAUGCUCUUUAUGGAAAUAGCAUUGAACAACUUCUGUUACAUAUAAAUGCUUUCUUGAACACUCAUUCAAGAGAAAUCGUCAUUCUUGAUUUCAAUCAUUUUUAUAAUUUUAACACCAUUGAGUAUACCAAAUUUUUGAGAAUGGUGGAAAGUGUAUUUGGUCGGAAAUUAUGCUUCCCAGAAGAGAAUAUAGCUAAAAUAAGCCUAGCUAGUAUGUGGCAAUCAGGUUGUCAAGUGAUAGCCAUAUCAGCAGCGGAAACAUCAGCUCAUCGAAGUACAUCCUGGAUAUGGGAUUCCAGCUGUAUUCUUAGUCCGUAUGCUAAUGUGAAUCGGAAUGACAAAUUAUUUAAAUUUCUUAAUCGAACAAUGCGAGAUCAUAGACAAGGCUCAAAGAAUGCGUUCUUUGUAACGCAAGCAAUUUUAACAGUAAAAUGGUUUGAUAUCAUCAUGCAUCCAUUUUCCACUCUUGAAAAAGGAUACGCUUUGAAAUGUACAGAAGAAGCCAUUUCUUGGAUUACCACUUUCGAUGAACCUUCUUAUUUCAAUAUUAUCAUCUGUGAUUUUAUUGAUCGCUUCGAUUUUUGUAACGUCGUUUUCUCUCUCAACACAUCAUCCAGCAAGGAUUCUGCAAACAGUAAUUGA